UGGCACAUGAAACGCAACGUAAGCUUCUUGAUCCCUGCACGACACGGGACAGGGACAGCUACAAUCGAUUGAUGCAAGCUGUCUCGAAGCGUGAAGCGGGUCGGCUUGGUUAGUUGGUUUGGUAUAUUUCAUCGGCGUCUCGACGGAUCUUUACAUCGAGCAUCCGACGUCACGAGAUACGACUGUGACGAUCCAAUUGUAAACGGGGAAGCGCCGCCAGUAUCGUUGAUGACCACUUUCGUUUCAUUUGAUUCACAAUGAAGCUCUGGACAGCCAUCCCGGCUGCGCUGUCGCUCCUCAGCUUCGCGACGGCAAGCUCCGUCCGCCUUCCUUCGACCUUUAAGCCACCUCAAGUCUUCAAGAACGUCAACCUGGUUCAUGUCAUAUCUCUUGAGAAGAUAUAUGCCAAGGAGCAGGUCAAUGUCCUGAUUGAGAAUAUCGCCAGCACUCCUCAGGAUGAGUACUUUUUCCCGUUUACGAUCGACGAGCUGUCGCGGGUGGGCGGGUUCGAGGUGAAGGACCGGAAGAACGAAGAUGCAGGCCCAUUUACGGUGGAAGCAGUUGAGUUCGACCCAAAGAGCGACCUGCAGUACUACCGGAUACGAUUGCCUACUCCACUAAAAGCUGGAGGUCAGCAGACAUUGGGAAUCACCUACAACAUCCUGAAGGCGGUUAGGCCGCUGCCUGCGCAAGUGACCCAGGACGGGAGCCAGUUCCUUGCGUACCGCUUCUCUGCGUACUGUCCGUCGGCCUAUGUCACCUCGAAGCAAAAGACAGAAGUCAAGUUCUCUUCAUCUAAUGUCCCCGACUACACCAAACUUCCCUCCGUCGAUGGCGACAAGCCCAACCCGGCAAAGCAGGGCUCCAAGCUCACCUAUGGCCCCUUUGACGAGAAGCCUGCCGGCGCUGUCGAGCCCGUCCAGGUCAGGUUCGAGUUCACCAAGCCCGUGACGCACAUUGCCCGCCUGGAGCGGGAUAUUGAGGUCAGCCACUGGGGUGGAAAUGUUGCUUUCGAGGAGCGCUACACUCUUUUCAACAUGGGCGCCAACCUCAGCUCGCAGUUCAGCCGUGUCAAGUGGGCCACCCAAAGCUACCACAACUCUCCCACACAUGCUCUCAAGGAAAUCAAGUUCCCUCUUCGUGUGGGCAGUGCCGAUGUGUACUACUACGAUGUCAUCGGCAAUGUCUCUACCUCGAGGUUUCGCAGCAACAAGCGUGAAGCCCUUCUGGAGGUGAAGCCGCGUUACCCCAUCUUUGGUGGUUGGAAGUUCCCUUUUACCAUCGGAUGGAAUGCCGAUGCCAAGAACUUUGUGCGCCGUACUAGCGAGGGUAAAUACGUGCUCAACGUGCCUUUUCUGGAGGGACCCAAGCAGCCCGAAGGUAUCGAGUACAGCCAGGUUCAGUUACGACUGCUGCUUCCCGAGGGAGCCACUAACGUAAAGUACCACACCAAGACCCCUUCUUCAUCGAUCAUGUCUGUUGAGGUUGGAACGCAGAAGACGUAUCUGGAUACAAUCGGAAGGACAUCUUUGGUGAUCACAGCACACAAUCUCAUUGAUGAGCACCGCGACCGGGAGCUUGUAGUAUCAUACGACUACUCGCUCGUCGCAAGCUUGCGGAAGCCCUUGGUGAUCUUCACGAGCAUGAUGGGCGUUUUUGCGCUCGUCUGGGCUGCGGGCCAAGUCGAAACCAAGUUUUCUUACAAGAAGUAGAUGAGAACUGGCCGGUAUUUAGAAGGGGAAGCCUGCGUUAUGACGACGAGUUUUACAAAGGAAUUUGAUGAUGCAAAAAGGAGACUCUCAGGCUUUGUUUGGCGCAUAUGUAAUACCAAUCUGACUCGGAAGGGAGAUAUAAAACAAAAAA